AGAAAAAAGUAUGGAAUGGAAUUCUUCGAACGUGGUAUCUAUUCAUCUCUUCGUCCGAUAUUAUUUAGAGUGGUAGGUGUUACGCGCGACAUUCGCAGCCCAGCCAAAACAUUUAACACAAAAUGUUCAAAAAGUACCCAGUUAAAAACUUAAAAAUAAUUACUCGAUAAUCUCGAUUUCCUUGAGUCAUUAUCUGAAGUUCGUAUUUAUCCGCUGUGUUUUCGUAUUGGGCAUGUCAUUUUGGUUGAAAUCGAUUAAGAUUUGACCCGUCUUUAAAAACAUCCAAUCCAGAAGUUUUUGGCGUGCAUUGCAAUUGAGGAGUGGAUAGCUAACUGUUCAUCUUUGGUGCAUCUACACAGGGAGUGUCGUAACAUUGUAUCUCUGGUCAAGGCAUAUUCUUUUGCUCAUCAGUUUUCUAUGAAGACAGUGCAUGCGGGAGCAGUGAGGACUUAAAAGAACCAUACCAGAGGAUAAGCCAUGGCAGGGCUUGGGCUAAAUCUGCAGAGAAUACCUAGCUUGUUCAAGCAGGCAGCUAUUUCUUUCAGGGCUAAUAUAAAGAUUCUUCUUGUCAUAGCUGCCUUAUCCUCAAUGUAUGAUACGGCCAUUGAGAAUUCUAUUGGUAUGGCUGGUUUUUCUUUCAGUAUAUCACAUGGAAACUUUUCACUUGACUUUGAUUUCCAAGAUAAACAGAAUCACAUCUCACCAGACUCUACAAGUGGUGCAACACAGCGGCAAAAACUUUUUGUAGAUGGGAAUAACAAUGCAAUUGUGCCAGGUGGUCAGGCAGGGCAGAAUAAAGAUUCUUCCAUAGGUCACUUCCUCCCAUCUUAUUUUGUGCCACCAUCUGUCGAUGAAGCCAAUGGACAUCUACAUGAAUUGAUACAAGGUGCAGACGAGAGAACAUUUUCCACUAGUCCAGUUGAAACAAAUGAUGGACACAGGGAUAAAAAAAUGAGUUCUCAAGCAGAGGACCAAGGAAAAGAGCAAUCAAUAGAGCAUGUAACCACUGGAGAAGAUCUUGCUAAUGAUAACAGUGAUACCCAAGGUUACAAGAGCAUUGGUGAAGAUUUUUCUAUUGAUAACAGUGAUGCUGGAGGUCCACAUUACAUGAAUUUGAGGCUGAUUUUUUCUUUGGGAAAUGACACACAAAAGGAGGUUACUGAGGAUCUUGAAGAAUCAGAAGAGGUUGGAAUAUUUGCAGGAAGGUUAUUUGGUGGAAGAGGCUUUGAUCAUCCAGGAGCAAUGCCUCAAGGAACUGGCACUACAAUGCUUCUGAUUUUACUUCUUUUUGGGGUUAUGGCAACUCUUCUCGUUGUAGUAGCUUUGCAGCAUUCUGCUGUUCUUGGAGCUGUGGCAUAUUCUGUAGUGACUACAUACAUGAACAAGAGAGUUUCCAUCCGGCAAUCUGUGAGAUCAGGCCUCAGAACUGGCAUGUGGAGACUAAUAUGGCUGGCAGUUUUGCAUGGAAGUUUGCGAGCCCUACAAUGCCUAUUCUUGAUGAAAUCUCUGUUUGGAAAAGUGUUGGAACUGGAAGAAAUGGAGAAGUUGGUCUUGCGGCUGUCAACCAUGCCAUUUGCAUUCCAGGCUCCUUGGAAGGAUGAAUUUGCCACAGAUUUGGGCAUGUCUUUUAGGAUUGGAGCAUUUAUUAGUUUGGAGUACUUGAUUGAUGGGCUGGCUUAUAGCAUCUACAUCACAGCUUGCUGGGUAGCCAUAAUGGAAAGGCAAUACAGAGGUGCUGAAACCCUCCAUAGAGGAUGGAACCUUGUGAAGAGCAUGGCAUUCCAAGCGGCUACAAUUAAAGUCCUUGAGUCUGUUGUAUGCGGACGAAGCUUUAAAUGGGUACUUCAACAAGUGCUUGGUCAUUUCUUGGCAACACUCAUAGUAUCUUUUAUUCAGAGUUAUUUCCUAGUGUUGUGGUUGGUUUUCUAUUUCUCAGCAAGGGCCAAAGAAAGUCAGGGACAUGCACGGCAGUUCACUGAGAGAGAUUUGGAGGACUUUCACAACAGGCUUCGGUAGGCUUCCUUCCUAGAAGCUGCAAUUGUAACUGUACUUUUUGUAGAUCUCUGUGCGGCAUGGUUAGCUUUGGCUAAAAAUAUUUCAAACAGGCAGGUCCUUGUAUGAAAGAGAUAUUUGCUUACCUCUAGCUUGAGUUUUGUUACAUUAAGCUUGAAUGGAGAACUCAUAGCAGGCUUUCUAGGGUGGUUUGUAAAAUAUAGCUCUACUGCACCAGCCAGAAAUUUGUAGGAUGUUAUCAAAUGGUAUAAAAGUGAAGUUGUACUUUGAACAUUUGAAGCAUGCGGUGUUUGUCUUAAUUGUACAACUUAUUCUUUGAUCUAGUUGAUUACUUUACCUCACAGAAAGGUCCAGGAAGCAAAGCAUCAGACUUACAAUUUUCAUGGUGCACUUAUCUUUAGGAACUCUCAUGGCUUUGCUUCCUAACCACCCUACUCUCUUGGCUCUACUUUGAGGUUCAGAUUAGAUCCUGAAGGCUUCUGGUAUGAGUACUGUAUUGCUGAUUGUGGAUAUUUCUUCUGAGGUUAUGCAAUCCAUUUUUGAAUAUUACUUGCA